UAAUAAUGCUUUAGUUUUUAGUUCAUUUGCAAUAUGCAGUUAUGUUCUUGAACAUAUACGAUGUUAAUUCCAAGUCGGGUAGUCGUUUUAAGAAAUUAGCAAGAUUAUACUGAUUGAAGUUAUGUGGAUAUAUAGCAAAUUUAUUAUGAUCUUUUGGCUUCAAGUAGCACUUAACACACGAAUAACAGCAUUGAAAAGACAAAGAAGAUAUCUAUUAUUCACACCAAGUACACAAUGGGGAGUUUUCGCAACGGUGUCUGUUCCGCUACCAACCGACUCAUUGGUGAGCGUAGCUUGGUUUUUCGAAGCGAAUUACUAUAACGUGGACAACGCAACCUACUUGGAACCAUUGCUUGGUGAUAUUGACGCACCAAGUCUUCGUCAUCUAAGGACUUCGAGGGAGAGCAAUCAAUUUUUAACUCGACGGAACUUUUAUAUAUUUAUUGAGAAUAUGCUAGAAAGACACGGUUACCCGAGGCUAUGCUUACUCAGAGCCAUUUGUGAGAACUCCUCGCAAUUCUUGCAUAACGGCAUCCUAGGCGAUUUACUUCAUCUCAUUCUUACGCCUUCGACGUCCAUAUCAGAAGACGACAUCGAGGAUUUGUACUACGAGGCAGAAUACUGGGGAAUGGAGAAUAAGUGUGACGAUUACACGAUUCUUUGCCCAAUUAAUCCUAUCGAGAGAAUUUCAAUGUUAUUAUAAUAAAGGAUUUUUGCUG